UUCACUGUCCGCUUGGUUGUGGUGCUGCCGCCAAGUUGCCUUUCAGAGUGAUUGUGAAGCCACCAUGGAGACCCAUUCGGAGGCACUGCCUCCCCCUCCUGUGGGACUGCCGACAGUCCUGCAUCCCUUGGGCAUCGAGCCUGUGAAGGAGGAGGUCCAGUUCGCUGGGAAAAUCAUCCGGCUCCAUUGCCAGAAGCCAAAGACAUUGUUGACUUCUGGAGAUGGCCAUGCCACACAGCACAAGAAGGCCAAGGAGGGAAAGUAUGAAUAUGCUUUGCCGCUGCGAUUCCCUCCUUCGUUGCCGCUGCUUCUGUGGUGGGCCGUGCGCGAAGAGCCAGAUCAACAUAUUGGUGCCACUGGGCCCGCUUCGCAGAACGGAGUAGACCCAACCAGCGAUGAACUUGCAGCAAUGGUGUCUCUGAAAGAGGUCGUAGCCUGGUCAGACCUCGAGGGGGACUGCGAUGAUGAGUCCACAGUUUCUGUCUCCUUUCUGGUGCUCAUCGGUGGCAAGAGCAUUACGAAGCCCAGAUCUUUGAGCACGGCCAGAGACGCUGACUUUCAGGCACUACUGGCAAGUUGGCGCAUACCCACUGGAGUUGCUGCAGAGACAAGAGCUCCGACCUUGGUGGAGACAGGCCAAGCACAGCUCUUUAUGCGUGCAUGUCAACUGGUGGGGGGAUGUGGGCAGACCAUUCAGCAGAUGACAGCAGCAAUUGCGGCGGCAAAAGCAGCACCUGCAACACCGGGUCCAGCACAGACACCAUCACCGGCACGAAAGGUGAAGUUGAAUGCAGUGGCAUCUCAGGUGGAUGAUACUGAGAUCAAGCUGCUUGGAGAAUCAGAGCUGGUUGCAAUGUAUGCUGAGUAUGAACGUGUGUAUGGUGCAGGUGAGAGGCCGGCGAAGGAUUGCGAGCCGACAUCAGAACAGAUUUCUGCAAUUGUUCAUCUGCUGGACAGUGGCCUCCCACCAUUUGCUGACUUUGCAAUAUUCGGCCCAUAUGGUCACAGAAUUGAGCGCAAGCUGAAAUUGUCUGGUGUUGCAAUUGGACGAGACGGAUUCAUACGACAGGUCGAGCUUCAUGGACCACCGAACAUUGGAACUUGGCUGGCUUCGUACAAUGUGCUCAUGACAAUUCUGGUGAUGCGCAAAGCUGUGGACUUGGGAGUGCUGCUGAAAUACAGGAGUCAUGUGGAGAGACUACAUGAUCGGUACUCCGACAAAAUAUGGGCAGUGCUGUACCAAGCAGAGACCAGAUGCAGAUUGGAACUGAUGGAUCGGCUCAGACGUGAAGCUGUAGCAGAACAUGAAGCUACAGUGCGAGCAGGAGGUGUUUCCAACUUUGAUCCUGCGAGGCCGUGGAAUACAGCUUGGUUGAGGGCAACCAAUCAAGAGGCUUUCUGGCGAGAGGAAGUCAUCGAGCCUGGCAUGCUUCUGUUGACAAAGGUGGCUGGACUCAAUGAGGUGGUGGAGGGCGAUGCAACAGUGAAAGGCGCAGACUCUGACAUUCAAGGUGACAGAGAGGUACAGAUUGCCGGCACUAUGAAUUUGGAUAAAUGUUCAACUACAGCCAUGGAACCCUUGAGGAACAAAAUCGAGGGUUCGGUGGACGAUCGAGUUCAGUACAGAGUGCUAUAUCUCUUCAGUGGUCCGAGACGCCCAGGUGACGGAUUUGAACAGGCCUGCAUGGAGCUUGGGAUGAAAUGCACUUGCGUUGAUGUUGAAUACAAUCCCAAGCAGGACCUUCUCUGUCAAGAUUACUGGGAGAGCUUGCAGAAUGAAAUGGACCAGUACGAUGCAUAUCUCAUGAGUCCACCUUGCUGCACGUUUUCUAUAGCAAGGAGCGGAAAGGGUGAUGGACCUGGACCUCUUAGAGGAACAACUGGAACUGACAGGUAUGGGCUUAAACACUUGACAGCGGAGGAGAAGACCAAAGUACGAGAAGGCACCCUUCUGUCCAGAAGGGCGCACUCCACGGCAUCGAGGGCGCAACUUCAUGAGAAGCCGUGGAUUCUUGAACAGCCACACUGGAGGCCGGGUGGCACCUCCAUGUUUAUGUUGGAUGAAUUUGUUCAGCUUGCUGGUCAAGAUGAUGUGAACUUCCAUACCUUCGAUCAGUGCGAAUACAGUUGUGAGUUUCAGAAGACUACGGACUUGCUUUCAAAUAUCCAGGCGGACAUCAUGGCCCCCUUUUCCAAGAGGUGUUCUCAUGAGAAGAAGUGGUGGACCAUACCAUGGAGUGGCAAGACUUCAUACUCCAGCCACCCACCGCUGAAAGGAAGACAGAAGGCCGUUCUGAGUGAUGAAUGGGACGCAAGCAUGCUGCGGGACAAAGAGCCGUGGGGUGACUUUCUCACCAGAUCAACUGCAGCAUAUCCAGCAAUGAUGAAUCAACAGUUGGCCAAGUGCAUUAGAGCGGCUUGUGACAGAACUGCAAAAGCGAAGCGGAAUCGUCAGCAACAGGCUGCUGAAUGUUCAGAUCACCUUCGAGUCGGAGCUCUUGAUCCCAAGAUCACACAAGCAGAGCCUUUGAAGGGUGAAUGCGUGAGACCAGAGGUCAGUGACAUGAACAGCCUGAGGAACAUCCACAAGUCCAUCAACAGCAGAAUGUUGUUCAUUGGGAAACAGGUGCAGAACUUGAUUGAGUCGGCACUGGACGAACAUGGUGAACUACAAGAUGAGCUGGUUGGAUGUUUGGGAGAACGAACAGAGUUCUCGGAUGAUGUGAAUAACAUGGUAGAUUCACUGAGGCUUCAAGUAUGCGAGUUGUUGGUCAGAAACAGGCGUCCUGAUAUGAACAGCCACUGCAGCGUAGACCAGGUUUGCAAUGAGGAUUACCAGACUGUAGUCAGAGGUGAGUUGAUGUGGUACUGGUCACAAUGCGUUGGUGACCCGGCUACGAACGUUGCAAGGUGGCUCAUCGAUGGUGCUCCAGCUGGCAUUACUCAGGACACAUCAGCGUUGGACGGUGUCUGUCCCAGAGUAGAUGAUGAUACAGAGGAAGGUUUCUUUGACCUCACAACUGACUAUGAUACCUUUCUCAACUACUCUGGAGUGGAAGAGAACGAUGAAGCGUUCCAAACGUUGCAGUCGUAUGCUGACAAAGGAUACUUGAGAGUCUUCGACAAACUGGAGGACCUGGAAAGUCAUGUAGGAGCAAAGCCUACUUUGUCGAAGAUUGGAUGCAUAGUGAAGCAGAAAACCAACUAUGCAACUGGUCUGGUCACCAAGAAGACCAGGAUUAUUCUGGACUGCAAACGGUCGCAUGUUAGCAAGGUUGCAACGAGGGAUGGAGACGGAGUUGCGUUGCUUGUGGCGGAUGUCAUUGAUGCUUUCUGGCUAGUGCCUCUUCACAAAUCAGAGCGGAGGUACUUCUGUGCGAAGCUGCGCAACAAAUUCUUCUGCUUUCACAGGACGGCACAAGGAAGCAGAGCUGCUCCUCUCACCUUUGCAGCCAUCAUCGCAUUGGCAUCCCGAUGGGUACAAAGCACAGUGGCGACGCCUCGCCAUAUGGGUAUGCACACUGAAGAAGCAAGGGUCCAGACAUAUGUGGAUGACCCUCUGGUAACAAUUCGGGGCACUCCUGAACGUCAAAGACGGCUUACAGCUACAGUUCUCAUUGCCUGGAUGAUCAUGGGAUUUCCAAUUGCAGUGCACAAAGCCACAUUGAGCACCAAGCUCACGUGGAUUGGAGUUGAGCUGUCGGUACUUGCUGAAGGAGUUGAAGCCGUGGUGCCGCAGGACAAAGUGCUGGAAUUGAAUGAGAUUCUGCAAACUAUGCUUCAAUCCAAUGUUGUGCCGAAGCGGACAUUGAGAACUGUGAUUGGGAAGGCCAUGUCUAUCGCCUCAGUGUUGUUUUGCUGGAGGCCAUUCAUACAGGAGUUGUAUAUGGCCCUCUAUGUCAAGGACUCUUGUGCACCAAAGGAAUGCAUCUGGACCAAACAGGUGAGACACACCAUCCUAUGGCUCCUCACUUUUCUUCGAGAUGAGAUGGCUGGAAUCCGAAGAAUUUACACAGUCAGGAGCUUUCAACAUCAGCUCCCUCUCGUCACCAUUACGUGGGAUGCUUCACCCUUUGGCAUGGGAGCAACGUUACAACUUGGUGAUGUUUUCGUUGAAUACUUUGCCAUCCAGAUUGACUCGCUGGAUGAGGAGACACUCCAAGUUAAAGCUGGCAUCCAUGAAGGUCAGCAAACAUGGGAAGCGUUAGCUGGAUUAGUGUCACUUCGACACUGGAGAAGUUCAUGGUAUGGCCAGCGUGCAAGGCUGCAGGUUCGAUCAGACAACACUGGAGCGCUGUCAAUGUUGUCGAAGCUGAAGGGCGGAUCCAAAGCGCUUACCUUGAUUGCAAGGGAAUUUGCGCUUGACCUGGGACAGGCUCAGUGGAAGCCGGAUGUGAUUACUCACGUCCCAGGUCUGGCCAACAAGAACUGCGAUGUUCUUAGUCGCAAAUGGGAUCCGUCCAAGAAGUUCGAACUGCCAGAUGCCUUGAGAAUGGCCAGAGAGGUUUCUCCAGUCCAAAGAACGAGAAGCUGGUGGAAGACGCUUGCGUUUGAAGAUGAAUUUUUGGCACCCGGCAGGUCGGAGGGUGGUAGCUUUGAUUUGAAAUCAAAGCGCAAACGGGGUGACAUGCCCGUUGUGAGGAAAGUGGACAAAGGAGACUUGGACAGAGCAGUGAGAGCGACUUGUAGCUCUGAUACCAAACAGGCUGCGUUGGAUCACCUGUUGUCAGAUAUGUAUGCUGCAACAUCAAAGAAACCCAGGGAUGCGCUCCUUAAGACCUGGGUGAAACUGCACGUCUCUUGGUUUGGGGAAGAAGGCUGUCAACCUUUUCCAUUGAAUGAGAUCAUUCUGGUCAGAGUAUCUGCCAUGUUCAAAGUUGGCGGAUACAGGAGUUUCAAGAAUUAUCUCAGCCGUGCGAAGGAUCACCACCUUCAGCUUGGAUAUCAAUGGAGCGAGGCCUUAAAUAGGACAUCACAGAAAUGUGUGAGGUCUGUGCUACGAGGUCUUUCAGGAGCAUCACGUUCGGAGGCUUUUGAUCUGAUGGCGAUCGUGUCCACCCUCAGAGCAUCUGAUGGUUGUCUGGCAGAAGGAGGACCACAACAACCUUUGGCGCUCAUUGUCUGUGCAACCUACUUCAUGCUACGUGAGCUGGAAGCUUCAGCUGUUGACAGGAAGAAGAACGAGCUGCAGAUCCAGAGCUUCAGGCGCAGUGAGUCAUCUAAGCCCUUGGGCCUAGGGCCAUUCGCAAACACUGAAGAGGUCGUGAACACGCGGAUCUGA